AUGGCUCCCUCCCUAUUUUUGCAGCGCCUACUGCUCAUUUUGUGUGCAGGUACUUACGUUGGUGCGACUGGGAGGGGUUUUUCUAGGGGCAGAUGCCCACGAAGGCUCAGUGCCGGGUUUCUCGGUACCUUCAAAACUGUGCCUCCACAUGGCUGGUUUGCCUCUCUGACUCCCUCUGACCCUGUUUUCUUCAAAGACCCCGUCUCCCUGACCUUGGGAGCAGCUGCCAAAGGUACUGGAGCACCACAGCGGGGCUCUCGCGAGUCUCCACUACUGACCUUCUUGGACUGGGGGAGGGGCCUAACGGCUCCCGGGAGCUCCGAAGAACUACUGCACCAGCAGCAGCUACAGGGACAGGCAGGAAACCAUAGCCAGGUGUAUGGUCUAUUAUACUGCACAUCAUGGGACCCCCGAUCUAAGGCGCUCGUAUCGGCUAUCAGGCUGCUGCAGAAGGACGCUGUACGCGCCAUUGAGGGCCACCAUAUAUGCGAAGAUGGACCGCCUAAGCUCCCGCUGUACCCAAUUCUUGGGGUCAGGAUCACUAAUAGCCUCGUUGUAGCUAGAGGCAGAAGGGCCCUUCUGAAGCAGCGGAGAAUGGCUUGCAAUAUGAAACAGCUCCGCCACAAUGAGCGAGCUCUAAGGUUCAUGCUGCAACAGCAGCCACCUCUCCAGCUACGAGGCCUGCCAGCAUUUCAGCUGUACGCCCAACAGCAACACGAAGACCCCAAGCUGCAGCGAGGCAAUGUUGCAUGUACACCUUCGAUGCAGCAGCUUCUGGAGAUCCGAUCUGUGGGGCCCCGAACCCUCAAGCAGUUAGGUGAAGAUGAAGGCGCCCUACUUGGCGCCUGGGGGCAUCAGGGACCUCCUGGUGGCCCCCCAGAGGCGGGCCUCCUUGCGGCGUGGCUUCGGCGGCUCGGCCAACUGUACGAGGACGAGCUGAAGCAGAUAGUCGAAGAGAGGCUCCAGCAAGCAGAGGAAGAGUACCCAAUUUACACUUAUUACAGCCCCUAA